UAUUGCGUCACUGCGUAUGCGGUCUAACUAAAUAAACGAAUUAAUUAUCUUCAAAAUUAUUUUAAAAAAUUCUAGAAUAUGCGGCUGCUGGUGCUCUAUGGCAGUCAAACCGGCACUGCCCAGGAUGUGGCGGAACAGAUCUGGCGGGAGUCGCAUCAACUGGGCUUCCAGGGACCCGUGCUGUCCUUCGAGGAGUACGAGAUGUCCAAACUGAUCGAGGAGCGCCUCGUGGUCUUCGUGGUGGCCACCACCGGCGAUGGAGUGGAACCGGACAACAUGAAGCUGGCCUGGCGGUUCCUGCUGAAGCGCAGCCUACCCGCCCAAUCCCUGCAAGAAAUGCAGUUCGCCUGCCUGGGACUCGGCGACUCCAGUUACCCAAAGUUUAAUUACGCCGCCAAGAAGCUGAGCAAGAGGCUGCAGAAUCUGGGUGCCACAGCCGUGUGUCCAGUGGGUCUGUGUGAUGAUCAGCAUGAUUACGGGCAUUUGGGCGUGUCUCUCGCCUGGACAAAGGAUCUUUGGGCUGCCCUGAAGGGCAUUUCUGGCCUAGAUGAGAGCAAACUUAACAUCAGUAAUCAAGCCAUAGGAAAAUGGUUGGUAAGGGAGCUGCCCAAGGAUUCUCACAUUGCUCCCUUGGAAACCCUGCUCUGGACACAAAAGCAACCAUCCCACUCCUUCAAAAUCCAGGACAAUCAGAGGACAACGACAGUGGACCACUUUCAGGACGUGCGCUUCCUUAGGUUGGAAUGUCAAACUGAGGAUCUAAGUUGGGAACCCGGCGAUGUGCUCGAUGUUCAGCCCCAAAAUAGCGAUGAAGCUGUCAAAACAUUCUUUGAUCUUAUCCACGAGCACAGCCUGGACUUCGAUGAGAGCACUGUGGUGGAGGUAACCAGUGCCUAUCUAGACAUGCCGCUUCCCAAAGCCUACUCCUUGCCCCUAAGUCUCCAGCAGGCGGCAAAAUACGUUUGGGAUUUGAGUUCCAAACCGCGCCAGCGAUUCCUCGAGGUCCUUGGCCAAAACUGCAGCGAUGAAAUGGAAAAAGAAAAGCUCCAGGAGUUCUGCUCCGGCGAGGGUAUCGACGACCUGGUGGCCUAUGUAAACAGGCCGCGAAGGAGUCUCUUGGAGGUUCUGGAGGAUUUUCGGCAUGCCACCUCCAGUUUAACUUUGCAGCAGCUCUUUGAGAUGAUGCCGCUAAUCCAACCUCGCAGCUUUUCCAUAGCCUCGGAUGUGUCUUCCUUAACUUUGGAUUUGUUGGUGGCAGUUGUGGAAUACAAAACAAUUAUGCAUACACCGCGUAUGGGCUUAUGCUCCAAUUGGCUGAAAAAUCUGAGAUCGGGAACUGAGCUGCGAGGAGUGGUCAAGAAAGGAACCAUGGUCUGGCCAACGGAUUUGAGUAUACCACUUAUUAUGGUGGGACCUGGCACGGGCAUCGCUCCCUUCCGUAGCAUUAUCCAAAACCGAUUGCAUGCUCAGUCAAGGGGAUCUACCAUUGGUCCCUUGAUUGUCUUCUUUGGCUGCCGGAACAAGACUGCUGAUUUUCACUUUGAAAAAGACUUUUCCACCUGGUCCGAUGCCAAGAAGGUAGAACCUCACAUUGCCUUCUCGAGGGAUACGGAUCACAAGGUCUAUGUCCAACAUUUAAUCACCCAGAACGGUGCUCACCUGGCAAAGCUUAUUAAAGAACAAAAUGCAUUUAUUUACGUGGCUGGCAGCUCCAAUAAUAUGCCAAAGUCUGUUAGAGAAGCCUUCAUCGAGAUCCUUGCUGGUGAUGCCGACUACGUGGAUCUGAUGAUCAAGCAGAGACGAUAUCAGGAGGAAACCUGGGCGUAAAAUCUGGUUUACUUGCGUAUAGUUCCUAUUUGUACAGUUCUGGACGGAAAUUAUAUUGUAUUACACACUAAGAAAGGCCA